UUAGAAUGGAUGACAUCACGUGUUCCCCAGCCAGCCAAUGCCCACCUGAGGAAGGUUUUUUCAAUGAGAGCUGAAAGGUACAUGCAGACCUCAUUAUGGGGCACUACACAAAGCCGUAGGGAAAGUUAAUGAAUCUGCAGGAGAUCUACAUUGUUUGAGGAGCAGCACAAAAAACCCCAAAAAACAAGCAUAUUUUACCCUACAGAAAGCUUGGCACAUGUACCCGAGGUUGAUAGGGUUAAAAAAAACUUCUACUUUGGGCAUAUAUCGUCUUAUUUGUUUUGCUUUUAUACUUUCUCUCCAUUUGCUUUUGCGAUGAUUCCGAGUCCGAUCACUUCGACUCCUUUCUCGGUUAAGGAUAUUUUGAAACUGGAGCAACAGCACCAUUCACGCGAAGCUUUCCAGCACCAAGAGAUUCUGGUGAAGGACUCGGACGUGUCUUCUGCGCAGUCGCCUUACUGCAUGUACGCCCCAAUGAAAAACUCUGACGCUCUGCUUUACAGCCCGGAGAGACUCGACUGCACGGCCGAAGAGAAUCUCGUGAAAUGCGACAUCGGUCCAGACGAGUUUGACAUCUUAAGGAGUUCUUGUGGAUCUCCAACAGAAGAAAUGGAUCCCAACGAGGAGCCGGGAAGCUGCGGUCUGGGUGAUUCUCCAAGCAGCGGCAGCAAAAAAGAGGGUGACUCAGCCGACCGGCCGCAGCAGAGACAGAGAAGGAAACCCAGAGUUCUGUUCUCUCAAGCGCAAGUCUUCGAACUGGAGCGGAGGUUCAAACAGCAGCGGUACCUGUCGGCUCCGGAACGGGAGCACCUAGCCAACAUGCUGAAACUCACCUCGACCCAAGUCAAAAUCUGGUUCCAGAACAGGAGAUACAAGUGCAAGAGGCAGCGGCAAGACAAGAGCCUGGAGCUGGCGGGACACCCGCUUCCACCGCGAAGGGUCGCCGUGCCAGUCUUGGUUCGAGACGGCAAACCCUGCCUGGGAGGGUCCCAGGCAUACACUGCUCCUUACAACGUGACAGUCAGCCCCUGUCCUUACAACACGUACUAUGGCAGCUACAGCAACAACCCGUACAGCUGCAGUUACGCAGGGGUACCCGCGGUGCCAAGCGCGGCACCAACUGCGGGCCAUUUAAUGAACAUGAAUGUAAACAUGGGAAGCGUUGCGCACCAUCAGGGGCAACAGGCGUAUCUGCAAGGAAUCCGGGCCUGGUGAGGUGGUGGGCUUAAAUCACAGAACAAAAAAAGACAUGUGUUCUUAAACAAGAGUGUACAAUCUAUUUCACGGUGAACCAACUUGCAGUUGAUUUGGAGGUUCAGACUAUAAACCACAGCAACAUAACCGCACCAAAUUCCUGUUUCGAUCUCGUGGAUUUCUAUAUGUAAUAUCGUAUUAGUAAUAGAUUUAUAUGUUGUGAAAGUGCACGCGUUGUGGUGCUGUCGUGAGAACUCUGUGACACAAACGUGUAUGUUCAUAUUUCAAUGCACGGCAGCGAAAAUAAUACACGAGACGUUUACAUUUACACAGGCUCGUGGGAAUUGACUUCCGAGCUGAAGAAUUGUUACAAACUGUUUUGAUGGCGCGUAAGGUCCAUUGCGCCCAUUUAAAAUAAGGAUCGGCUAGAACCUUUGAACAUAUGCAUGUUUCUUGCAGUAAAAGUGCAUUACAUCCAGUUUUGUAGCUGUUGAAAAGUAGGGACGUUUUUCCUUCCUUUUUUUAUAUUAUGCUACCCAUAUAACUGAGUGAGCAUCGCUUUUCAAUAUGGUAAACGCUGUAAAGACGGCCUGGUUUUAUUUCUACAAUUACUUAACCAUGUCACAGAAUCCAAUCGCUCUUCUCGUUCUCAAAUGUAAAAUUGUAUUAUUUAUCUACUCUUUGUAAAGAAAAAAAACAACUUUUUUUUUUGGUGACAUUUGUACUUUUGUAUACAGAAGUUCUCUCAGUUUACAUGUUGCUGGUUCGAUAGACUCCCAUUUUAAAAAGUAAAAAAACAUAGAAUGUCAAUGUCAAACACUUAGUAUAUGUAUC